CUAUAAAAUGUAUAUAUGAAGUAUAUAAAUGUGUUUUUUUUUUUAGAACAUAAAGGUAAUAUAACAGUUAUCAAAGCAAUACCUAACUAAAAUAUCACUUUAUUCUAAAACAAGACAGACACAGUAGAAUGUACACAAGUUGAUUCACGUUUCCCUCCAUUUUUCAAUUGUUUAAAAACAGACACGCCCAUACCUGACAUUUCGGCCAAUAGGAGAGCGGAGACGGCACAGAAUCAUUUGCAUGUGAUGUCAUACACAUGUAUAUAAAUAGCCGACACACAAAAGCCAGGUAUAUUCUUCUUUGAAGAGACUCAUCAAUCAUGCCUGAACCAUCAGGACAGAAGUCCGCGGCCAAGAAGGGCUCCAAGAAAGCCGUGAUCAAAGCCGGUCCCAAGGGCGGCAAGAAGAGGAGAAAGAGCAGGAGGGAGAGCUACGCUAUCUACGUGUACAAGGUGCUGAAGCAGGUGCACCCCGACACCGGGAUCUCCUCCAAGGCCAUGAGCAUCAUGAACUCGUUCGUCAGCGACAUCUUCGAGCGCAUCGCGUCCGAGGCUUCCCGCCUUGCCCUGUACAACAAGCGUUCUACAAUCACGUCCCGGGAGAUCCAGACCGCGGUCCGCCUGCUGUUGCCCGGUGAGCUGGCCAAGCACGCCGUGUCUGAGGGAACCAAGGCUGUGACCAAGUACACCAGCUCCAAGUAAACUGUGGACACCAGUUUCUUAACCCAACGGCUCUUUUCAGAGCCACCCAUCUUCUCUAUAAGUCUACUCCUCAAAAAUGAUAUUCUUAUAUAAUGUAAAAUAUUAUAAUAUAAUAUUCAGUAGCCUUGAAAAGUCUAAAGUAAAGAUACAAUUUAAAUCUUGCGAUAAAUAGUGAAUGACCUUGUUCAGUGAGUGAGCUGCCCUGACUGGACUGUACUGUUACUGCAGGUGGGCACAACGCCAUGACAAUUUAAUUUGGGUGUUUUUGUUCUGUGAUAGAACGUAAUCUAAACACACAACAAUAUUGUGACACCGGGUGUGGUCGCUCAGCGGUUGCGUGAUAUGGUCGCAUGUUGUAAAAAGCUUUGGAUAAAUGACAUGUAAUAUAAUGACACUUUAUUUCGUUUUGAAAGUCAUCUGUAGGCUUAAUGUUUCAUGUGUUGAUUUUAAGUCAUUAUUAAUUACUUUUAUUGACGCUGAAGUGACUGAAACUAGUGUUCCUUUACUUCCUCAACAACUCAUAACAAACCACAAUGAGUGGAUUAUUUAAAUAGUUAAUUUGUGUUUAGAGAAUAGUUUGUAUAUUAAGAAGAACUGAAGGUUGUCUAUGGUGAGUCUGAAAUGUUAUUAUACUUAUAAAUGCUGGCGAUAACUCUUCUGCGUCCUAGAUGUAACAACAACUUUUUUAUUGUUUGCCAUUAAAACAAAAACUCAGAACCACCAGUGUCACCAAAACAAAUGCAGGACACAUUUAAGUGACAAAUACCAAACAUUUACGCAUUAUAAUAACUAAUUUCCCAUUAUUUUCUCCUGUUUUUCUGUUAACAUUUUGCUAAUAUUUAACGACAAAACAUGAACGUGAUUGCUGCAACUUUUACAUCCCAACAUAUUGAGAUAUGAACAAAAAACACCCAAAGUGUAAAUGUGUUUCUUCAAUAAAAACACAAAUGUU